AUGGGUGGCGUAUUGGACUACACAUUGGCCGUCUUCCUUGCCAUCUUGCACGCGAGUGCAUCCUCGUUGGAAGCCAUCAGCCGGAAUUCGCCAAACUCGCGACUUUUCCCGCAUGUCAGUGGCCAUGUGCUCCAGCCGAAGCAUACGGCAGUGAAGGGGCCCAAGGCCACCAACAAGUUCUGGACGAACUGGAUCAUUUCAGAUGCGGUGGCUGGCAACGGAGCUGUGCACGCAAUCUAUCCCAUGCCUUAUGUGCUCAAGCUGGGAAGCAGCCGUGAGCUGAAGGCAUCUCACAAUCCCGAGCCAACGAUGUGGUACCAGGACGGCCGGCUGAAGGACAGGGACGGCAGCCGCCUGGAGUUGUACCGCACCCCCUUCGUGGGGGAAUUCGCCCUGGGGGCGGUGGAGCUUGGAGGUCAACACGACUUCCAGCUCGUGAGCGAAGGAAUAUUUGGCAUCCAUGUGGAGGUGAAGAAUGACCAGGCAAAUGCGUCCAUGGUGUAUCCCAUUUACAGUGGCAUGGCCUACGUUUCCGCGCGCUACUCGGGGGCGACCCCCAAGGUCACGACAGAGCGAAGAAGCUUUGGAGACGUGACUGCCUUCAACAAGCUCCAGAAGGUCAAGCCUGGAGUUUGGCGGGUGAGCACUGGCCACCAUCCCUUGAGCCGGCGGCCGGCGGAGAUUCGUAUCUACGUGCUGGAUGCGAACCUCCGCUUUGUGGACGAUACCUUUGAGCUGGCCCUGUCAUGCGACGCCUACUGCUUGGUGCUGAACAAGCCGCUGGAGGGCUGGGUGCGAGCAGCCCACGUGGUGGCGCCAGAAGACGCCGAGGUCUUGGACGCCCAUGCGCGCGCCAUUUUGGUUGGCUGGGACCUGGAGGUGGAGGACGGCAGCGUCCGAUACAAGUUCCAGCUGGCCGAGGGCCAUGACGUGCCCGAGCUGCUGCACUGGGCUUACGCUCAUCACGAGAAAAUGCUGCAGCAGAAACCUUCAGGGCAAACUCGGAUGGCCAACCUGACUGCCAGCCAGGCGCCCACCAAGGGCACCAUGCGCGGGGUGCUGGGCAACGAGUGGCACUUGGAGGUGCCCUUCUUCAACCAGACAGACGCCUUGGACUUCUUGCCGAAAGCCAACCUCACGGACCGCCGGGAACUGUUGGCAGCGGAAGCAAACCAGUCGCUGCAGUGGCUCCAGAAGAACUGGCGCGCGGCCAUGUUCAAGUCAGACUACUACUUCAGCGGCAAGGGCUUUCAGAAGGUGGCCAGCGUGUGCCUCCUGGCGGAGCAGCUGCUGAGCCCGCAGCAGUCAGAAGCGUGCAGUGACCUCCUGGGCCAGGCUUUCCAGUGCCUUCUAACUCGGGAGAAGAAGCAAGACUGCGUUGGGGCCCCCAAGGGUCUCGUUUACGACAUGGACUGGGGUGGCCUGCCGAGCGCGUUGGGCUACAACGCGCAGUGGCAUUCCAACCCUGUUCUUCACUGCAUGCUGGCAGACUUUGGGAAUUCUUGCUACAACGACCACCACUACCACUUUGGCUACUUCGUGGUUGCUGGAGCCAUCCUCGCAAAACUUCGGCCGGAGUGGGUGAAUAACACCGACUUCGUAGAUUAUGUCGAUGGCCUGGUCCGAGACACGUCCAAUCCUAGCAGCGAGGAUGAGUAUUUCCCUCGCUUCCGUUCGUUCGAUUGGUUCGACCUGCAUUCCUGGAGCCGGGGCUUGGCGCCCAACCCCGCGGGCAAGGACGAGGAAUCCAUCUCGGAAGAGCUAAACCUCCACUAUGGCAUUCACCUGUGGGGGAGGCAAACAGGAAGAGCUUCCUUGCAGAAGAUGGGGGCAGCUAUGUUGGCCCUGGCCAUCACCACGGUGCAGGAGUUCUUCUUGAUGUCACAGGGCAAUCCGCACCAUCCGCAAGACUACGCGAGGAACCGAGCGGCUGGCCUACUGCUGCAAAAUGAGGCGCGGUAUUCCACGUACUUCGGGAACCGCUUCGAGUACAUCCACGGUAUCCAAAUGCUUCCCUUGACUCCGGCUUUGAUGCUGGCGCGAACUCCCGAGUUCAACAAGCUCGAAUGGAGUGAAAUCCUGUGCAACUUGCCGCUCUCUACUGCAGAUCGCUGGACUUCCAUACUGCUGACUGGCAACCUUGCCAUGUUCGACCCGGAGACUGCCUUUGAACGCUUGCAGAAGAUGAGCCCGCAAAAGAUGGACGAUGGGCUGACGAAGGCAUGGGCUCUCUACUGGGCCAAUGCGCAGGCCAAUGGCGGCAAGGGCAACUGGAGCUGUGGCAAGCCUCCCUUCCACGGCCCCCGUGUUUGCCCCACAGGCCAAUACCGGUCUGGAGUGCAGUGCGUGGCUUGCCCGGCGGGCACCUACAAUAACCUCACGAACCAAACCAGCCACGAAGCCGCUUGGAUGCCUUGA